GCAGCUUGUCCAUGAGGCUGACUGUUGUGCGCAUGCGCUCUCGCUGUCUCUCAGCUCACUGGAAUGACGUGCGUGAACGUUCCCAUCGCUGCUCACGGCAACGUCAGCGGUGUCUGCUGAAUGCCACCGCUGAUUUUCGCAAAAAUCUAAGCCACGCUCAUCAAUAAGAUGGACAGCUAUGGGUUCUCCAGUGAUAUGUUCAGCGGCAGAUCCGUUCUCGGGGAGGACAGCUCGGUCAUGGCCCGCAUGCAGAAGAAAUUCUGGAAGACCAAGCAGGUUCUGAUCAAGGCCACUGGAAAGAAGGAAGACGAGCAUGUGGUGGCGUCUGAUGCGGACCUUGAUGCCAAGUUAGAGUUUUUCCGUUCAGUCCAGAGCACUUGCACAGAACUCCUGAAAGUGAUCGAGAAAUACCAGCAAAGAAUCACACACCUCUCUCAAGAGGAGAAUGAGCUCGGGCUGUUCCUGCGCUUCCAGGCAGAGCAUGAUAAAACAAAAGCAGGCAAUAUGAUGGACGCCACCAGUAAAGCUCUCUGCUGUUCCGCCAAGCAAAGGUUGGCUCUGUGUCCCCCUCUCCAUCGAUUGGAACAGGAAGUGGAGACGUUCCGGAGGAGAGCCAUCGCCGACACCCUGCUGACAGUAAGCCGGAUGGAAAAAGCCCGGACGGAGUAUCGCGGAGCUCUGCUCUGGAUGAAGGACGUCUCACAGGAACUAGACCCAGAUACUUACAAACAACUGGAGAAAUUUCGUAAGGUUCAGGCCCAGGUAAGAGGAACAAAAGUGCAUUUCGAGAAGCUGAAGAAUGACGUUUGUCAGAAAGUGGACAUGCUGGGAGCGAGUCGCUGCAACAUGCUUUCACAUUCGUUAUGCACUUACCAGACGACGCUCCUGCAGUACUGGGAGAAGACUGCACAUGUGAUGUCUGGCAUCCAUGAGGCCUUCAAAGGAUAUGUACCCUACCAAUUCACUACCCUCAAAGAACUGAGGGACCCACUGGACCAGAUUGUCUCUUCACAUCCAGCAGAGGACAGCAAAGAUGAGGAGACGAAGACACAUUCAGACAAUCUUGUUUCACUUGAAGAUGAACAGCUGGGUGAAUCAUCUGAAACUGUUUCUACUCAUGCAGUAGAUGGACAGAGUAGAGGGUCUGACAGUUCUUUGUGUGCCAGUCUGGACUCUGCCUUGAAUGAACUGUUAGGCCCCACUGGUGGAUCUAGCACAGACGACGACCUUCUGUUAAUGACCCCUGAGCUGGCUUCAGUCCCUUCUCUUACUCCAACCUUGACCCCCUCCCUACACCCAUCUAUGUCCGCUGUGCAGCCUCAACUGUCGAGGCCGCCUGCUAUUCAGUGGGACAUAGGUGCCUCAUAUGAGGAAAAGCAAGAUGCGUUACCCAGCAGCCUACGACCUGAAAUAGUAGGCAGAGAUCUGCUGUCUGAGGCUUUACAUUCUGUCGAAGGGAAAGAAGAGGAGGGAGAGCGAGGUGAACUGGCAUUCCUGCAGGAGCUGAUGAGCCCUGGGGCUGCGGGUGGCGCUAGUGAGUUCAGUAAGGCGUGGCAGGAUGCUUUCGGCUGUUUUGAGGCCCCUCCUGCUCCUGUUGCUGCCGCCUCACUGCAAGCAGAAACGGCAGACACACCCUCUGGCUUCCUGCCAUCACAGCUCCUGGACCAUAGCCUCAGCACCACAGGAUGGGCGACUCCACCGAUGUUUCAAGCCCCACCCCUCCAACCACCUUCUAGUGGAGGACAAUCUCAGCCUACAAAGAAUGCUCCAAACUCUUCGGCCAGUGCACCUAAAGGAAGCUCCAGGGACAUGUCUGCCUGGUUUAACCUCUUUGCAGAUCUUGACCCUCUGUCCAACCCAGACGCUAUUGGACGCAGUGAUCAGGAGUUCCUCAAUGCCUGAAUGAAGGAUUGUAUGGAGCUGAAUCGCCUCCCAAACAUUCUUUGUCCGUUAGAAUGACGGAAAGAAGUGCAUAUCCCAAGCCUUUAUUUGGAGAUGGAACACUACCUCUCCUGGAAUGAUUCAACCUGAGCCAAGGAAGCAUCCAGAAAUCUGAAUCCAUAUUCCACACUGGAAGGUUUCUGAGAUAUGGGAAUGUGUCUCUUUCCUCCUUUCUAUCAUUGUGUGUGUGAGUGUGUGAAUUUACUGUUUGUACAUUAGGGUAAAAUGUUGAAGACUUCAUCGCUAUAUCACUAAAGUGUUGUUACAUGAGAAUAAAGUAUCUGUUACUUUAUGAAGUGCACAUGUUUAAAGGGACAUGAAGGUUUGCCCAUCUCUUAUGUGGAGGGCUGGUUUGGUUUGCAUAGGACCAAAAAACCUAAACAAGUGUGUGUAUGCUAAAUAUCUGUUUGCUUUGUACAAUAGGGGAGUUUUUAAUGUCCAGAAACAGGGUUAAAGAUUUAUAACAUCUAUUAUAGACUGUAUUUUUAAUCAAGACUGAUACCCAAAGUCUGUGAAGCAUAAAUCACACACAAAAAAAUAUUUUUGAAGUCAUGUUCACUGGAUUAGUUUAACCCUAAAUGAUAAAUAAAUGAAAUUAUUUAUUAAUAUAAUAAAAAAGUGUUACUGUAAACUACAUAUGCAAGUGGUGUGCUGUGCCAUUAGUUUGGUAAGAAUGAGAAGGUCACAUUUCAUAAUAGGUGAUGCAAUCUUGUUUUCAGUGACAAAAUGCUAAAACAUUCUCACUCAGAGAAAUAACUUCUCCCAAAUGUUCUUCACAUUCACACUGUGAUGCAAAACACUGGAGUGUGUGUUUGUGAACAUGUUUUUUUUAUUUUGUAUGUCACCUUUAGCACAGAAUUACGUAAAUAUCAUUCUCUUGAAAACAUACACAUUUCAUUUUAUCUCUGAUUAUCAUAUUUGGACUGAGUUUAUCUGAAACUAUGAUCAGUCGGUUUUCUGUUGCAUUAAAGAAAUCAAGUCAAUGCUUGCACUAAACUGUCUCCGAGUGCAAUCUCGGGUUGUUCUAGAAUGUAUGUUGUAUAUUUUAACCAUAGACUUGUUUGUUAAUCUGAAUAGUUUGUGUAGGUGGAGAAUUUCUCACAAGAUAUCACUCCAAAUGUACUGGAGCACAUGUUUCUGUCUUUGAGUGCAGUUUAACAGUUUGAAGUGUCACUUUCUGUUUUAGAGAAAUUGUGUUUGGAACCAUAUGUUGAGAGGUUAAUGUAUCACUGUCUUUGUAAGAAAAAGAAUGUACACCACCAUUCACAGCUGCUUUCAUCUGUUUAUUUUAUGCAACUUUGCCUUUUGUUUCAGUUAAAAAUAAUGUACUUGUAUAAUUUCAUUGAAGGAAACUGCAAUGGGAGAUCUUACAUCUGAGAGCAAAUAAAUUUGAGUAGAAUUGUU